GUAUGUUAUAUUAAGUUUCGUGAAGCAUCGAGUGUUGGUGUGGCCCAGCAUCUAACUAACACGGUUUUUAUUGACAGAGCUUUGAUAGUUGUGCCCUGUGCAGAAGAUGACUAGACUGGCCAAGGCAGACCUGUUACACUUGCCUGAGUUAGGCAUUGUUUGCCAUGCCACUAAACCUGCCGCCAAGUGAAACCUUCAUGGGGGAAAUGAGAUCGAAGUCUGGCCUGCUGAAGAUGGACGCCCUGUCUCUGUUUUUAUUUUAUUUUGCUUUCUUUCCUUUGUUUCUUUUAUUUUUAUUUUAUUUUGUCCCUUUUUUUUGUUUUGUUCUGUUAAAUCUCUUUCCCUUGUACUUGUGAACUGGUACUUCAGUUCUGUAAAAAUGGUGUUUUGUAAAGGGUUCACAGUGUUUCAUUUUGAAGUUGACCUGAAGCUGCUUAUGAAUGGUGGAUGGUAUACACAGAAUUUAGAAUAUGAUUAAUUUUUGUGCUGUGAAUUGCAGAUAAAUUUGAUUUGGAAUAUGUUUAAGCAUCUAAAUUCAAAAGAUGAGCACAUUGUGUCAGAAAACAGAAAUAGUGAAAAAUAUAUCAGUUUUAAGAUACAUUCAUAUGUUAUGCUUUAUUAUCGUGGAAAAGGACAGCUGAAACUUACUUCUGGAGAAAUUAACUUUACAAAGUAAAGUCAUGACCUUUCUCUGCUAUUUUUCCUCUUCUCGGCAGAGUAGUUUAUUUUAGGUUGCAUGGUCUGUUUAAAAGAAGGCUUACUAUUUAUGUGUGAUAUGAAGAGUUUAAUUAUUUCUGAAAUUGAACUUUCAUGAAUAUUGAAUGUCAUGAAAUACUUGUUUGCUUCUGAUGAAACCUUGCUCCAGUUAGGUCAGUGGCAGUAAGAUUUCAUCCUUUUGUGUUAGUAAUUUUCAGAAAAAACUGUUUACCACUCAUAAGUACAAAUGCAGCCUGAAAUUUUGGUUGGAAUAUGUUAUGUGAGGCACAUUGUCUUUUAACACUGUUAUUUGUGGGAAGAUUGAAUCAGUUCUUUGUGCGUGUGUGUGUGUAUGUAUGUGUAUAUUUUGCACUUUGACAUGCUCCAGUGGUAGUUAUUUCAAGAAUAGGUUUUUUUUUUAAAAAAAAAAAAAACAACACCAAAAAAAAAAAACCAAAAAAAAAAAAAACAAAAAAAAACAAAAAAAAAACCAAACAUGUCUUCUCGGCCAUCUCACAUUUUCAGAAGCCCUGGCAGUUUCUGCUGGAGUGGCUGAGGAGGUUCUCAUCCCUAAAUGAUGUUUGUUCUUGUGAAGCCCUGAAACAGAAGUGGUGAACCAGAUGGUGUCUCUGGUCUUCAGGCGUUGCUCUUCCCAGCCAGCUGCGUUGGGUCCAAUUGGUUUUACUCUGGUAAUGCACCAGGCUGUUCACUGCGGCGGGGAAGAGCUUUGCUUCCUGAUCUCUUGGAUUUAUCUGUGGUAGUUGAGAUUUCUUUGCAGAGUGAAGAAUCAAUAAAUAAAUUAUCAUAGAAUCUGUAAUUUACUAAACACAAGAACUUCUAAGAAACCUUUCUAAGGAUGUGAUAUAGAUUGAUGCAGCCAACACGAACGGUUGUCAUGUGUAAAACAACUUUCGAUCACCGCGAAAACACCGCCCUGGGAAAGCGUCCAUGCUUGAUAUCGUUUGGUUCAUGAACAUUAAGUUUCCAGUACAGGUAAAAUUCCAGAUGAAGCCAAAGCCCUUUCUCUACUGGCGCCUGCUCCUACUAUGACAAGCCUGAUGCCUGGUGCAGGGUUGCUUCCUAUACCUACGCCAACACCUUUGACUACACUUGGUGUUUCACUUGGAACUUUGGGGGCUAUACCAGCAGCAGCAUUGGACCCUAACAUUACGGCACUGGGAGACAUACCACAACCACCAAUUAUGGGGAAUGUGGAUCCAUCCAAAAUUGAUGAAAUCAGGAGAACAGUCUAUGUUGGAAAUUUGAAUUCCCAGACUACAACAGCAGAUCAGCUGCUUGAAUUCUUUAAGCAAGUUGGAGAAGUCAAAUUUGUGCGAAUGGCAGGUGAUGAGACUCAACCAACAAGAUUUGCUUUUGUGGAAUUUGCAGACCAAAAUUCUGUACCUCGAGCUCUUGCCUUUAAUGGAGUUAUGUUUGGAGACAGGCCACUGAAAAUAAAUCACUCCAAUAAUGCAAUAGUGAAACCUCCUGAAAUGACACCACAAGCUGCUGCCAAGGAACUGGAAGAAGUGAUGAAGAGAGUAAGGGAAGCCCAGUCUUUCAUAUCUGCUGCUAUUGAGCCAGAGUCUGGAAAGAGCAGUGAAAGAAAAGGCGGUCGAUCUCGUUCCCAUUCACGUUCAGAGUCCAGGUCUAGCUCAAAAUCCCGAUCUAGAAGGAAAAGAUCACACUCAAAACACAGAAGUAGAUCUGGCAACAGAUCACUCUCAAGACACAAGGACAGACGUAGAUCCAGAAGUCCUCUGAAAAAACGAUCCAGAUCUAGGGAAAGGCGGAAAUCAAGAAGCCGCUCUCGUUCUCGGGACAAGAAGAGAGACAAAGAAAAGUUCAAGGAAAAAGAAAAGGCCAAAGAAAAGGAGAAAGAGAGAGACAGAGACAAGGAGAAGGACAGAGACCGAGACAAAGACAGGGAAAGAGAGCGAGAUAAAGAGAGAAACAGGGAGAAGGACAGAGAGAGAGAUAAAGAGCGUAACAAGGAUCGCGAGAGAGCCAGAGACAAAGACAGGGAUCGAGACAGAGACAAAGACAGGGAAAAGGAGAAAGAUAAGGAGAAGGAAAAAGACAGGGAAGAGAUAGAUCAGAACAAAGAAAAAGAAGAUAUUGAGAAAGAAGGAGAGAAGGACAGAGAGAAGAUUAAGGACAAGGAGGGAGAUAAGGACAAAGGAGGGGACAAAGAGAAAGACAGGGACAAAGAAAGGGAGAAAGAUGGGGAUAAGGAGAAGGAGCGAGAAAAAGAGAGAGAUGACAAAAAGAAGAAAGAGAAGAGAUCCAGAACACCCCCAAGAAGCUAUAGCUCUUCAAGAAGAUCUCGUAGCUCCAGCAGAGAAAGGCGUAAAAGGAAGAGUAGAAGUCCCUCCAAGUCUCCUAAAACAUCCAAAACAACAAAAAGAAAGUCUUCACGAUCUCCUUCUCCAAGAAGAAACAAGAAAGAAAAAAAAAGAGAAAGAGAAGCAAAUAAUGAAAGAAGAGAACGCUCCACCUCCAAGAAAAAAAGUAGUAAAGAAAAAGAAGGAAAGGAGAAAUCUGACAAAAGCACCACUACUUUGAAGGAGAAAGAUCACGCUAAAGAGGAUCAGAAUUCAGAAACUGACAAGGAGGUAGACAACAGAGAUACACAAAGGACAGAUGAAGUCAAACUACAACAGAAUGGGAACUGUCAACCAAAUGAAGAAAACCUCUCAAUUAAAAUGGAAGAGGAUUAGAGCAAAGAAUGGACUAGUGCAACUAAGGAAUGAAAUCCAAAGUUUUUUAUUUCCCAGGCUGAGGAAGAAAAUGUCAAAGCAAUCAACCUGAACGUGUUGAUAGUACUAGUAGCUCUUCCAAUUCUUGUUAUAGCUUUGUUGUCUUCUUGCUGUAAAGCAAGAGAGCACGGACUAGUAGUUACACCAUGAAAAGGCAGAUGCCAUCAGAACUAUUCAUAUCUGAAAAUGCAUACAUUUCCAUGAUGGCUGUACUUAUUUGUAAAAUUAUUUAGGUUAUGUUUUGCCAUAAGCUGUUACAAAAAAGUAGAAACUGAAAAAUGUAAACCUGUACUAUCCAAAAAAAGCUGAAGAUAUGCAUUGAAGGUUGUUCUAAAAACUGCUUGUUGAUGAAUUUUGUAUUAACUUGUGGGUUAGAAAAUCCACAAAAACUUCAGUGUAUACUGUUCAAUGUGCUUGGAACUGGUGCAUAAAUAUACACACUUUCUUUGUUGUAAAUGACAACUGUAAGGAAGGGUUUUCUAAACACAGUUUUGUGGUUCUUUUAUUAAAUACCCACUGGCUAGUAUGUUUUUCAUUUGCUCGAGGCUUGAGAUUCUUGGGCUUUGUUAUUUAAAAGAAUUUCUUACUAAUAUCCCUAAAAUUAGUAUUUCUUUUAAAGUAUUUGAACAAUGCAUGCUAUUUUUCUGUUCCUAAAAGGAACAUUGCCAUGUUAUAGAUAAUAGGUUAGCUUACUGGGUUAUUUUGGGGUUGUUUUGUUUUGUUGUUUUCUUUUGUCCUUCUAGAAGUGAGCACAUCUGUAUGAUAUUAUCAGAACUUACAGCUUUGUUUUGAGCCGUAAUGCAGUGUGUCUGUUCAGCUGCAAAUAGUACAGGUGCCAUUAUGAAAAUAAUUUUUUCUUAUUUGUUUAAAAAAAUAUGGGAGCACAAGCAGAAGCUUUAGUGCCUUCUUAAAAUGUGGUAUUUUAUAGAAAUGUAUAUGUGCUAUUACUCAUCUUCAGCUAAAUCGUAAAUGAACUCUAUUGCUAUUUUGCCACCACCAUACUGUAGACAAGAAUGCAAGUGAUUCAUCAGAACGGUUGUUUGAUUCACUUGUUAAAAUACUAAAGCUCCAUUUUCACUUUUUUAUUUUUAGAAGAGACUUAGAGUUGAAAACAAAAAUGCAGUUUGGGGACCACCACUGUACAAAAGUAGCUGAAUACAAAGCAUUUUCUGAUCACCUGCAUCAAAGACAGCCCUUUAGACAUUUAAUCUACAUUUGGAUGGCCUUAAUUGUUACCUCUCCAUCAUCUUAUGUGGUACCUGUUGGGUGAUAUAAAAGGAGAUGUAUGCAAAGAAGAGGGGAUAAGUAAUUUGGGGAAAAAAUUCUAAUUUACACAGGAGUUAUACGGUAGAGAUUCUUUUUUCGUUCUUGGGGGAGAAAGCAUGUCAGAAGAGAAUGACAAGGCAAAUAUUUUUGUCAAGGUAAAAUAUGGCUUGUGUUCUCUGAACUAAAUCAGUCAGUUACAUGAGAUUUCCUAAGAGUCAUACCUUUAAAACUUAUGUAUACCUAAAAUCGAGUAGAUUAUUUUUAAUAUAACUUAAUACAAUCAAAUGACUUAAUUGCCUUACCUCAUGGGAAGAGUUACUUCUUUCAGUUAAAAAAAACCCAAACUUAAUAUCAUAUUAGCUAUUUGCUUUCAAUUUGUUUUCCUUUGCAUAGUUAAUUAUUCCGGGGUGGGGAAGGCAUAUUACAGGGAGUGAAAAAUUUGCCCAAUUCCUAAGGUAAUUAAACCCAGUUUGAUUGUGAAGCUGCUUAAUCACUCUUCAUUUUGGAUAGGUUUUGAUGUUCUUGCCACUGUGUACAUUUAAGACUAUAGAAGAUGCUUUACCAUGUAAAGUAUAGACAGUCAUUUUUGUGAUGUUUAAGCCACAUGCUGUUGGCUGAUAAACAGCUUAUUCUGAUAAAAGAAUGACAAAUCUGUAUGCUUACAGGAAGACUGUGAAGGAUAGUGUCUUGAAACAACAGCUGUCUUAUUUAUGAUGUGCAAGUAGCAUAGAGCAAAGAGAUUGUUUGUAUACUUGUUAUCUUUGGUACCAUUUCACUAAUAAAAUAAGUAUUUCAGAGGGAAGUUUCUGCUGGUACAUACUUAUUAAAGGAAUAUUUUUAGUUCAUCUGGUCUUACACAUGUAGCUUCUUUGAUUUGAAGUGUGGAUGCAAGUGAAAAUAUACAUGUAUUAUUUAUAAUAUCUUUGAAAAGCUAAGUUACUCCUUUGGGAGGAAUUCGAAUUCUUGCAAUUUAUCGUGUUUCAGCUGAUACGAGUUUUAUUUCUUGAGUUUUGUUACCCUGAAAUAGCAUAGUUCUAUUAUGUAUCAGUUAAAGAAUAUGUAAAGGGUUGGGUACAGUUAGCUAAAAACCAUGCCUUUGGAAGUUACUAGCUAACUUAUCAUGUGUAAGUCCCUAUGCAGCCCAUUGUUACAUUGUAUGUGAAUCAGUGGUUCCCUGAUAAAAAGUUGGGAUCUUGUAAGGCAAAAAAACCCCAAAACAACCAACCAUCAGACACACAUUUCCUCCCCACCUCAAGUCAUAUUUUCUUAAUAAUGCUGUAUUUUCUGGUUUUGCUUUGUAAAUACUGUGCAAAUCUGUGAGGUGGUUAAGUUCUGUCUGUUCAUAUGAGGUGUUUCACAGUUCCCCUCUUCCUAAAGAGCCACACUACUAGAGAACUAUCAUUCUGUAAAAUGCCUAUCUCUGCAGAGAGCAGGUCAUUUUUAAACUGGUAGUGUAGCACAGUAAUGAAGUUCUUGCUUGCUCCAACAAGACUGUGUGCAUCAUCCAUUAAAUAGGUCCAUUUACCACUGGAAGUCCACUGCCUUCAUCAUCAACAAGUUUGCAUGCUGAGCUACCAUGUCAAAUUGCUGGGUUUUGCACUUUAUAAAUGAGAUUAAAUUGAGUGGAGGUUUUGAGAGCAGUGUAGUUCAUGGUAGCUGUAUUGUUCUAAAUGUAGCUUCAUUUGGGUCAGCCUUUAUUUCAAAAUGUUGUGACUUGUAGUUGCUCAGAAAAGUGGUGACAUGGUGCCAUUUUGCUAAGACCAUAUAAAGCAUAUAUGCGUAAGCUUCCAUUAGUGACCACAGUUAUUUCACAACAGUGUUUCUGGGUAACAGAUAGGAUUUUUCUUUGUCUUUUGAAAGAAGGUAACAGAAGACAGCUGCUGGUGGAUGAAACAGGAUUCUAAGCUCAAAAUAGAAGUGGCUGUGACUUAGAUAAAUACAUCAAAGUCAAUAGGUUUACACGGGUGUGAGGGAUGAAAUUUUGUUUGUGAACACUGAUAGUAGUAGGGUACGUAGAGAAUACUGUUUUUCAUAUUUCAGAAUUAGAACUAAGAGGAGAAAAAAGCACUUCAGUUAGAAACCAGGGACAUCUGAAGAACUCCUGAGAAAUCAGUGAGAUGUGGGUUCUGUUCACUCAUUAGUCACCUGCAAAUUUUUUUGAUGGCAAUUUCUGAUAAUUGCAUCUGAGCUAGCUUUACGUUAGCUGCCUUAACAGCAGCAACCUAUGCACAGCUUGGAUUCUGAAAUGAGCUGUGGUCACUUGAGUGUGUUUGCUGCAAAGAAGGUCAAUACUGUAGUCUGUAGCAUGCAUUGCAUUGCUCUGCUAGUGUUCUGUGGCCCAGUUUUAUCUAAGGCAAUACCUUAAAUUACUUUGAAACUCUGCGAAUCUGUUUGUUACACGGUAGCUUCUCUGUGUUACUCUUAGCUUGUACUGGUAUUUUGUAAUAGUUAUUAGAUGUAGGAAUUUCUGUGAUUUUCUUUUGGUCUAAGAAAGAGAUAAUAAGUAAAGGCUUCUUUGUGUAAUACAAAUUAUUGUAUACUUCAUACCUGUCCAUAUUACUGUGUUAUUUUUUUCAUUCACAUGUAUGACUGUUGCAAGCAGUAAUACCAUAGUGAUGUGUAUAUCUUUUACCUUUAGGUCUGAAGCAUUCUACAUCCCUUUCUUUUUGUUAGUUUGUAAUGAAACAAGUCUAGAGUUCAUGUAUUUUAAUUUUGGUAACCAUUCACUUAGAGGAAGAAAAAAACCCAGACAAAAAUAAUCUUCAAUUUUGUAAAUGUUAGUAUGAAAUUUGCAUUAUUAUGGUUAAAUAAUCUUAAAUAUAUGAAUUCUGAACAGUGACUUGCAAACUGGGGCAUAUUAUGGUUCAGCCUGCCACUUGGUGGUACUUUUAUAGCACUUGAUGAUUGAGUUUGGUGUUACCAUAAUUUUAAAAGUAAGAAUUGGACUUAGCAACACAAAUGCUGAGAUCUGUAAACAGCUAAAAUAAUGUAGAUCAGUAGGUGCUUAGUUCAGAGAGAUGGAGUUUUCUCACCAGAGACUGGUGUGUGGACAGUUGAAAUUUGUAGAUACCAUUAGGUGUUAUUACCUAACGAGAAUCUAAAACUUAAUUUUGUUUGCUAACAUGUAAACAGAAAAAAAGUUUUGAGCCUGUACCUUAGGUUUAUUUUUAUAUGUUGAAAAAUGUAAUUAAAAUAAUAUUGAAAACGAAAAGCACUGUACAAAAGGGGAUUUUUUUUUUUUUUUGUGUAAGAGAAAUACACUCAGUUGUGUUUAAACUUUUAAAAAAUGUCUUUGCAGGCAGUGUUUAUUUCAAAUUCAGGAAUGCUUCAAUUGUAGGUAAGUCCUGUUGCAGAAUCUGAGCAUGUUUGUAUGGGGAUUUCUUCUGUAUUCUCUUCAAUUUAAAACAGCUUAAUAAACUUGUAUGACAAUA